UAUCUGCUAAUUCAAGUGCGUCGUUCACAAAACCUACCACGGUACAAUCACCCGGAUAUGCUUGCACACAUUCUAUGACGGGUGCAUCACAGCAGCUGUAACUCACUACGUUCCCUAUCGAUCAGUCCCCACUUCACUCGACGACUUAUUACCAGCAAAUUCAAUCGUGAAACGCAUGAGAGGGGUAGGUGGCAGAACGUACGCGGAAUCUUCACAUACCCCGCCUCAGCUUGUGGAUCGACAUUAUAGAAUGCCCAUACCAAAUUUUAGGAUGUCCGCAGACAAUUCUAUAGGCCACUAUUGUCUGCUCAUAUCAAGCACGUGCAGCGCAACAAGCUCAUCUUUCGGAACAACAUCGGUCGGACCUGGCAGUGAUCAUGACGACCACCUUCGUCCCGCGAAGCGUCCAGAUGCUGACACGACAAAUCCCUGGCCAGGUUUUUGUUCACUGGCAGUACCAGUUACUAUCCGUGAAGAUGUGCAGAAACUGGCAGCUCUGAUACGGCUGUUGGUAACCGUGGGCCUCGACGAAGAGAAGGCAGAAUCAGACCAUUCUCCUGGAUCAAACUUUGAAAACGAGCUAGUCACCGUAACAUCUACCGAGCAGUACACCCUGCCAAAUCUACCGGAAACAUGUCAUGGUUCCCCUCAAGAUGCGUCUUGCACUUGUCGCAUUUCUCCGCUCGUUGCUACUGGGACAAAAUGCGUCAAAGGUUAUCCUAUUCCUUGCAGACUUCGUGGAUUUUCACUAGCAUUUGCUAGGCGAUUCAACUUACUUGCACGUAACAGUUAUGCCUAGCUAUGUUCUCCUGUCGGUUGCGUCAACGCCGGUUCCAGCUUCAGUGACUGGUUGGAAGUGAGCCUGAAGUGACUCGGCCAUCGUGUGCUCUCCUCGUUCCGGUCGUCUGACCAUUGCAAGCUCACGAGAAAUCAAGUUGAUGGGCCAUGCAUAGCUUCCAUUCCAUCGAUGUAGUUUUCUCUAU